UGACAGGUGGGUGGGAUGGGAUAUGGAGGCAAGGAUGCUGACUCGCUGGAUACUACCCUAGCUAGCCGGGACCUUGACGCCUUGAAGAUAUUCCCCGCUCUCCUGUAGGACCUUCACUCUUCCCAUUUGGGUGGACUCCCCUCAAGCGCAGGCAGCACUGAUAUCACCUGCAAGGAAGAGAUCAUCAGAGAUCAAUAGAUUACGGCUCCAGCAACAUAAACCAAACUGUCACCAUGAAACACUUCCUGAGGAUGUUUGUCCAGGUAUGCCUGUACUUCUACUGCAAAUGUUUGUGGCGCUGCCUGAAAUUCCUGGUCAGGAAACUAACAGGUCGAUGCGAAUUGCAAAGGAUCUGUUACAACACCAAACCUGGAGCUGCCAGAACUAUGAAAAUAGAGGCAUCACUGAAAGGUUCAAAAAGUAAGCGGCUGCAGACUUCAGUAAGUGUUCACCCUGAUGCUAUUGAAAAAACCAUAGAUGACAUCAUGGAGCUGAAAAGGAUAAAUCCAGAUAUAAAUCCACAGUUGGGAGUAUCUCUUCAGGCAUGCCUGCUGCAGAUUGUGGGGUACAGAAAUCUGAUUGCAGAGGUUGAAAAGCUGCGCAGAGAGCCAUAUGAUUCAGAGAAUCCACAACAUGAGGAAAUGCUUCUCAAGUUGUGGAAAUGCUUGAAGCCUAAUUCUCCGCUGCAAGCUCGGAUCUCGAAGCAGUGGUGUGAAAUUGGUUUCCAAGGUGACGAUCCUAAAACAGACUUCAGAGGGAUGGGUCUCCUGGGCUUAUAUAACUUGGUGUAUUUUGCUGAAUGGGACACUGAGAUAGCUCAACAGGUUCUCUGUGAUUCUCUUCAACCUAAAUACAGAGAAGUCACUAAGAAGGAACUAAGCCAAUUUAGCAAAGCCGAAUGGGAGAAGAAAAACUUUGAUAAGGCAAUUGGCUAUUCUUUUGCUAUCGUGGGCAUCAACAUAACAGACCUCGCCUACAACCUGCUGGUGAGCGGAGCUCUGAAGACCCAUUUCUACAAUGUUGCUCCAGAAGCACCAACACUCACUCACUUUCAGCAAACGUUCUGCUACCUAAUGCAUGAAUUCCACAAAUUCUGGAUUGAAGAGGACCCCCUGGACAUAAUGGAGUUCAAUCGUGUCAGAGAGAAGUUUCACAAGCGAAUCUUGAAACAGCUCCAGAACCCAGAGAUGGCUCUUUGCCCUCAUUUUGCUGCAUCAGAAAGUUUAAUCAAUAUGUAGUUACUCACUCCAUUUUAUUUGGAAGCACUGUCUCACUCUUGUGUUAGAUCACUGUUUAGACCAUCACUAGCAUACUGAUUGACCAUGGCGAUUGUCUGCAUGUUUUUGGUGCAGUAUUCAUCUACUUUUGUCACGAGUACUAGAUCCCCUUAUGCUUCUCUUGGUGGGGAUUUCCCAUUUUAAAUGGAUGCUCAUAUUGCGGCAUUAUGCAGUGUUACAUUCUGAAUUGAUGUCCAGGUAUCAGAGUUUUUCUAUUUUUUUAGACUUUCCUCAUAAAUUCAGCAUUGACAAUUGAAUUGUAUUUCUCCAGCUGUGUUUUUGUAUAUGUGGAAUAAGUAGCUGAAUCUUGUAUUGUGAAAGCUUUUUAACUUCUUGGUAUGUUUUAGGAAAACUACUGGCAUUUCAAGCAAAAUAUAUGUUUGGACCUCAUCUAGAAGAUAAUGUGUGUAAUUUAAUCUAAUGCAGGCAAACAUAUUAAAGUCAGAUUUUCUCCAUGCAGCCAUAUAUGCUUAAUGCAGAAUUAAUGAGGCUUACAAGAUACAAGUUUCAGUGAGAAGAGUUUAUGCAUAGCUGCAUGAAUACCAAAUGGUCUGGUGAUGCUAAUACAUUCACAAUGAACUGCAAACACACUCUCACCUACUGGAUACUGACAGGGGCCAACAAUUCUUUCAUCAGGCUGUUGUCACCAACACCACUGUGCUGAAGCAUGGUCUAAAUUCCUGCACAUUCCUUUGAAUAUACAGAGGUUAGUGUUUUGUGUCACGUGUUGGAAGGCAACAUGAUUUGGUCACGUUCUGCUUGGUGAAUUCAGGGGAGCAAAAAUCUAUCUAUUUUUUUGAACUACUGAAAAUGUUGCUUUGAUUGUCAAUUCAGUUCCUAAGAAUUGGGAGAAGUAAUUGAUUAGAAGGUUUAGAAGAAAACCACUUGAGUUUCCUGGACUACUUAUUAAAAAUGGCAAACUGCCUUUUUUCUAAAAACAUAAAUGAAUAAAAGUGUCUGACACUAAGGUUGUGUAGUAUAUUGAACAGCUUCUACCAUGGCAUUUCAUACCCAUGGUAUUUUUUACCUUCUAAGCAAUCAAUUUUAGUAUUACAUGUUUGUGUAAAUCACUUGCAUAUGGAGACUAAAUUAAAUAGUGUCCAACUACUUGUGACUUAUAUGAAUAAAUUAUAUGUCAUUCUAAACUGAA